AUCACGUGACAUAGCAACGCCGACGUAGCGACCGAUUGUCUGCUACAAUUUUGGUACAACGACUGAAACUCACCACAGACUUGCAAAUAUGAAAAAAUACAAACCUGUUGAUGCAGUAUAUGAAGACAUAUACGACUUUGAUGAUAUCAAUGGUACAUCCUUUGAAUCUCCAAGGUCAAGUAAAACCUACACUGUUGACAAUUAUGGUAACAUUGUCCAUCCCAGCAACAAACCAAAAGUCACAGAUGAAAGGGUACACUUACCUCCCGUGGUCGUCGGUAGAAAUCUGGUUCCCCGGCCCCCGACGGCUAGAUGUGGUAUUGCUUAUAGGCGCGAAAAGUCAUCUGCAGAAUCUGGGAACACAAAUAUUGCCAGGCAAAAUAGAAAACAAACUCCAAAUGUUCCAAGGCGACCAAAUAAUGAACAUCGUGAUGACUUAGAUGGAACAGCAGUAAAACCACCACAGACCACUACUCAUCUUGAUAGAUAUACAAGGCAAGGAUACCGUCCUUCUAGACCGGAGCCUGUCGACCAUGAUGCUCUAUACAGGUCUCUGAUGGAAGGUGUACAAGACAAAAGCAUUCUAGAGAAAAGUCCCCAAGUCCUUGAGUAUGAAAGAAGAAAUAACAUCAAACACGAGGGAUACAAGAGCGAAACAAUUGAGAAGAAUGCACUGAUGUCCAGCCAAGCCGAUGGUGUCCUUACAAGGCGGGGUUCUGUAUGCGAACCAGCACCUCCAACAGACCCUAAGCCCGAGGUCCAGCAUGGAUACAACAGAAAUCGACGAAGAUUACUACAUGCCAGUGCUCAGCUUGAUCAGAAUAUUUCCGUCCACAACCCGCCAAAGUCAUAUCACAAACCCAGACCUCCAACAGCAGAAGUUGAGAUCGACUACGAUGGUGACGUACAGGAAGCGCUCAGGGUCGAGAGAGAGCUUGAUCGUCUCCAUAAGGAGCUUGAAAAGCAGAAGAAAACCAAUCUGCCAUACGGAAUGGAAAUCCUUCCUCCUACAACAGCUGCUGCAGCCAAUUCAAAUCUUCCAGGGUGUUCAACCCCAUGCCUGAUCCCCACUGACGCUGUCCCUUACAAAUCAGCUGAGCAUGUGAAAAUCUGGAAUGGCGAUACUGCAAAGAGAGGGCUGGGAUUUAGGUCAAAGAUCAAGAGAGAACAACAGGAGAAAAGAAAGCUUAGUAUCAACCUUAUUCCUGACAAAAUCAGGAAAGAAAUGAAAAAGUAUUUUGGCUAAAUUAGUUUUUUUAAAUCAUAUAUCUUUUUAUCUUUUUCGAUACUUUGUCUAAAACUAAUCAUUUUCAGUCACUGGCAUUUAUAUAUUUGCUGAUGUUUAUGACGUUGUAUUUCAUUCAUUUGUGAUUUAUGCUCGCAAUCGCUGGUGAUAGAUACCGUGAUAGUUUGUGUGCAGCUAAAAGACAAAACUCGUUUUAAUAUUUGCAACACUCAAAGUGAAUUGUAAAUAUAUACGCAUGUGCUUUUUUCAACGUGGUUACUGUCGCUGUUUGACCAAUGCUUCAAAGAAACUGGAUUCAUGGAAUGAAGUGAUAUUAGACUAGAUUUUUACAUUUAUAAUUACUGUAUGCAAAAUGAAGUCAUAAAAAGUUGUGCUGAAGUUUCAUCAAAGAUAUUGACACUGUUUGACCAGUUCGUCACAGAAACUGUAAAUAUUUGUGACGAAAAGUUCUUCAGACUAUUAAUUAAUAAGAGAUAUGUUCGCAGAAACUGAAACACAAAUGACAGAGAAUAACAGAAAUUUAUUCAUUAAAAAUGAAACUGCACACAGCUGAAACUUACUACCCAGUGGUAAAUGUUGUGAUUUGCACCAAGAUCUAUGUUGCUAUGUUGCUUUCAUGGACUUGAGGGACAGAACAUAUUGCUUUGUGUUAAAAAGAAAACUGAUAUAGAAAAUAUCAGAACUUAGUUGUGAAUAGAUAUACAGAAUUACAGAAUGACAUGAAGAUGCUGGUUUAGAAAAUUAGAGUUAGAACAUU